CUGCGCGGUUGUAGCUUGAUGACGACCCAAAGCUCAACAUCUCGUGCCUCAAAGACAACCGCGGCUUACCGACAGCAACAACACUUCUCCAAAAGCAUAUGCCAGCUCGAUGAAACCAAGUCUCAGGCUUCCAGUAGUGCAGCUAUCACUUCGCUCUUUGGAUUGCUUCAAGAGUUCCCUGAAAGGUAGCUCUUAAAUGUACGAGCCCUCGACAGCGGUUGCGACCAAAGAGUAAUCUGCCACCAGCCAUGAAAUCCCAAUAGCACAGAGCUCGAAGCCCGAUCGCGAUGUCGAAUCUGGAUCAACUGGUGAAGGGGGCGCCUCCCCCUGGAAACCAGUAUUCCAUACCCUCGAUCAGUCCCAUCAUACCCCCUGAAACCUCGAAUCCGUCUUCUUUGCCAGACCCAUUGGCAUCUCUCCCCUCGUCGCCUCCCCAGAUCUACCUCAAUCUUCUGAUCCUGGAGGCAUCGUUACGCGCACAAUGGCUCCAGCUACGAACUAGACGGCGACAGCAUACGUUCUUCUUGACAUUACUUGGGUUGUGGAAUCUUUAUUUUGGAUAUGCCCUGUUCCUUGCGCCAAGAGAAGACGGCAGUGGUGUCGGAGGUUCGGUAUACUGGGUUGUUGAGGUCACGGAGAAGGUCUGCUUCAUGGGAGGUAUCGUGACGGGGAUUCUGAUUUGGGGGACCGGGCAAUGGGAGCGAGGGAUACGCUGGCCCAGACGUUGGGUAUACACGACAAAUAGAGGUUUAAGAGGAUUCAAUUGCAAGCUGGUGGUGAUCAAGCAAUCUUGGUGGAGGGAAAUACUGUCUACCUUAUCAUUCCUCUUCUCGUACGGCCUAUUUUCGAGCAGUAUUGGAAGCUCAUAUCGAUAUGUGGAUCAGUCCCUUUUGAUCGAAUCAGAGAAGGCUCAACAGAAAAACGGAGGGCAUCAUGCACUUCCCAACAUACACGAAGAUGGUGAGACAGCGGGUUACGAGGAGGAUCUUGCACCUGGAGGAGAUUAUGUCAAGCUACUCUUGCUUCCCAAGCCUUUUUCUCCCAAUUUUCGGGAGAACUGGGAUAUAUACCGUACGGAGUAUUGGGAGAAGGAAAACGAACGUCGGGCGCUACUACGCCAGAAGCUCAAGGAGAGAGAUAGGAAGAUUGCAAAGCAGCAAGGUGGGUGGCUGUGGUGGACAGGAUAUCGUGGUUGGAAGCGUGGUAAGGGACAAGACCUGGAGAAGACUCAUCAUGGGGGCCACAAGAUUCAUGAGAAGGACCCGAAACGUACUCGAAGCGGGAGCGUUCGUUCUGGGUCUCAUUCUCGAACCUCAUCUCGAAGCACCACUCCCACUCUCGAGUUGGAAGACGGCCCUGUUGGAGGACAUGUGCGGCGAGGAUCUAAUGCUUCCGACAGGAGAAGGAAGAAGACUGCACCUGGAGCAAGAGUCCAGAAGCUCACACCUGCUGGAUCAAGAUCUGCAACUCCCGAGAUUCCCUCUCCUUUGGUCAGAGAGAACAGCGUCUCCUCUAAUGAACGGCCUCCUACUCCUGUGACGGGGGAUAGAGAAAGUUCAAAGUCUUUGAGAGCUUCAGCGCAAUCCAGCGGCAGCCCUGCAAGGAAGCCCAGUUCUGGCAGAGCAGCAAAGCAGACUUAGAUAGUAAAUAAAGUACAUGCUACGAAACUCC